CAGUCUCUCUAAAAGGGAGAAAUGGAAUGAGUGGGAGCUACCCCCGCACAUUCACUUUUUGCCUUGACGUGUGUACUCGCAGCGCGCACGCGCAGAAGGAUGGCCAGGAUUGGUUUGCAGGGCAGCCGUAACUUCUAGUCCCAACCAAUCCAGAUGCAUCGGUGGGGGGUGGGGGGAGGGGCGGCCCAGCCUUAACUGGCGAGCACAGCGUCUGUGCGCGGGUUUCGUCUGGGCUCAGCUGUGGGUGUCGUCCUAGUCCGCGCCAUGGAGUCUGGUCUGAUUAGGCGUUUAGCCCCGCGCCUGGGCAUCGCCGAGCAGGAGGUGCUGAGGAAAGCGGAGGAGUACUUGCGACUGUCGCAUGUGAAGUGUGUUGGCCUGUCUGCACGAACCACAGAAACCAGCAAUGCAGUCAUGUGCCUGGACCUUGCAGCUUCCUGCAUGAAGUGCCCCUUGGACAGAGCUUACUUAAUUAAACUUUCUGGCUUGAACAAGAAGAUGUAUCAGAGUUGUCUUAAAUCUUUUGAGUGUUUAUUGGGCCUGAACUCAAAUAUUGGAAUAAGAGACCUAGCAGUACAGUUUAGCUGCACAGAAGCAGUGAACUUGGCUUCAAAGAUACUGCAAAGCUAUGAGUCCAGUCUUCCACAAACACAGCAAGUGGAUCUUGACUUAUCCAGGCCGCUUUUCACCACUGCUGCCCUGCUCUCAGCUUGCAAGAUUCUAAAGCUAAAGGUGGACAGAAAUAAAAUGGCAGCCACAUCUGGAGUAAAAAAGGCCAUAUUUGAUCGACUCUGUAAACAGUUAGAAAAGAUUGGGCAGCAGAUCGACAGAGAAGCUGGAGAUUCAGUUACUCCACCACAGAAGAAAAAGAAGACAGUGAUUGAACCUUCAGCAAAGGAAAUAGAGAAUGUAGUAGAGACCCUACAUAAACCGCAAAAAGAUGAAGAUCUGACACAAGAUUAUGAAGAAUGGAAAAGGAACAUUUUGGAAAAUGCUGCCAGAGCACAGAAGGCUGCAACACAGUGAUUUCAGCUUCCAGACGAACUUGUUCUGCAAACCAGCAGUGCAUCUGCCACCUCAAGGGAAAUGUGAGGACUUUGGAAAUUUGUGUAAACUUUUAAAACAAAGAUCCUAUUCUUAACGGCAAAGAAGCCAGCCUUGGGGCUGAGCAGGAUGGCUCUGAUAGUGGGCAGCAAAUUCAUUAGAUCAACCACAGUGCCUGGUUGACUCAGCCUUGGCUCCCCACAGGUCUGAACUCUGCAAAAUGUAAUUGAAGCCAUUUUGCUUUUUUGUUUUGUUUUAAGCAAAAGACAGUCUUCUGCCCUAUCCAUAAUAUGAAAUUCAGGCUGAAUGGAGUCUAAAGAUUUUACUUAAGUUUUUGUGUAAAUCUCUUGGUUUGAAUAAAUCCAUAUAUGGUACAAUCUUAAGUUAAUAAAUAUUAUUUUUAUAUGCA